AUGGCUCUCCAACCCAUCGAACUUUGGGGGCACUGGGGCGCACCGAAUCCAUGGAAAGUGUGUAUGAUCCUUGAGGAACUUAAGCUGCCGUAUGUAAUUCACCAGCUGGAAUUUUCUCAAGUGAAAGAAGAGCAUUACGUCAAACUCAAUCCGAACGGACGCUUGCCUACGAUCAACGAUCCAAAUACCGGCAUCACUCUUUGGGAAUCGGGUGCUAUUAUUUUAUAUCUGGUGGAACAGUAUGACGAUGAGGGUAAAAUCUCGUCUAAAAGCGCGCCCGAAAAGCAUUUAGCACAGCAAUGGUUGGCAUUUCAGAUAUCUGGUCAGGGACCCUAUUUCGGCCAAGCUACUUGGUUUGCUCGGUUCCACGCUGAGAAACUUCAAUCAGCUGUUGACCGCUACGUCGACGAGAUAAUUCGAGUCACCGAGGUCUUGGACCGUGCCCUGGAGAGAAAUGGGACGGGAUGGCUUGUCGGCAACAGCCUUACAUAUGCCGAUCUCUCGUUCAUAACGUGGGCUUCGGUAGGCAAAGGAUUACUCAAAGAGCUCGGCAGAGAUUCGGAACUCGAAAAAUAUACAAAAUACGCAGCGUGGAUUGAAGCAAUGGAAAAGAGAAAUUCAGUUCAAAAGAUCCAGGACAGUAUGGCGAAAGGCAGAGCUGCCCAUGGCUUGUAG